GAAGAAGAGGCCAGUGGAAUUGAAAGCAACAAUUCAUGGAUCGGUUCUUCGAAACAGCAUGCUUCAGGGCAUCUCUGCGCAGAUCGUCUCCGCUGCUGUAAUAUUCAACCACACUCAUUUACGUUCAUUGUCAUUAAUCUAAAAAAGCUGUUGUGUAUACAAUCUUAUUCCCUUCAGAGAAAUGUAAAACUAAUCUUAUGUAUAUAUGCUGCCCUCACUAUGCGUUCGUGUACACAGCUAUGCAGCAAACUCAACACUCUUCCACAAAGCACCGGAGACAGGAGUUGACUUUGGGCACUUUAAUGGUCAUGAUUAGGCGACUGGCAACAAUUAACUAGGUGGUACUAACUACAACAGACACAACCUCCGCCAUGAAUGUUAUGAGAAUUUCAUGCAUUAGUUUGGCAGUUCCAUGUUUGAGGAGCAUGGCAUUCAAGAAGCGGCGAGUGAUCCUGGCCUGCCUGAACUGCCAUGUAGACUCCUGUUCUUGCAGUCUGACCUGAACAGCUUCACUGGGCCUCUGAUUGCAAUGAAACACCUAAGGGCAUUGAUGAAACAAGAAGUGUCUAUCGACUCCAAAACUUCAAUGUGUAUUGCUCUUGAACUCAUGCACACAAAGAUUACUGCCGAUCGCUUGCUGGUCGCUUGGUCUCCUCUUGUCCUCCUCGAAGUUACAGACCACGGCCCGAACACAUCCAAUCCUACAUAGCUAAAGGAGGGGUCAGUACUUAGACGAUCGCCAGGUAGGUCUGACAUUUUCUGCUCUUCACAUUUUUCUCCUAACUUGCGACAUGUUACACAGACAUGGAUUGUGUCGCUGACAGCUCUUUCCCCCAACAAUCCAGAAGCCUGUGGCCCUUAUAGCUCCUUCUGUAAAGUCCCAACCUUGGUGAUGAACUAGCUUGUGAGUGUCUGAUCAGCAUCGUUGCAGUAUGUUGCCUGCCAGGAACCUGAAUGGGGAUGCGCUUCAUCAGAAGUAAUUUCUGCUUUGAAAGACUUCUCAACUCCAUCGUGAGCACUGCUGCACAAAGCUCAAGUCGAGGUAUGCGACCGCAGCGUUUGCCUUAGUGCAUGCAUCACAGAAGACACACAUCCUUUUCUUCUGUGCCACCAAGAAAGACCGUGAAGUAGCAGAGCAUUCCAUUCGCAGGUGUCACUGUCCUUUUCCACCCGUACAUUGCAGCAGCUAAUGAAGGACAGUUGCCAAACACAUGAACCUUCAUGAAGAACUCGACCACUUCACCAUUGAGAUCAUGAUCACGAAACCACACAAACCUGAGUUAGUCAAGAUGAUCCUUUCUGACCACAAAGCUGUGGAACAUUUGUUGAAUGUCGGACAUGAUUGCGACUGGUUCACUCCUGAACCGCAGGAGGACUCCAAUCAGACUGUUAUUAAAAUCUGGACCCUGAAGCAACACCUCAUUCAAAGAUAUGUGGUUGUACUGUGCACAUGAGUCGAACACAACUCUUAUUUGUCUUGGCUUUCUGGGGUGAUAGACUCCAAAGCUCGGUAGUACCAACCGUCCUGGUCAUUCUCCGAUGCAUGUUCAGCUUCAGUAUGACCAUUGCUGAAGAUCUUUUUCAUGAAAUCCAUAAAGUGGUCCUUUAUUUGUGGCUUCUGCAGCAGAACUUGGCAGCGUGACAUAAGGCAAUUAAGUGCUUGUUGCCGAUUGUUGGGCAGGCGCUGUCUGGGGCUUCAAAAUGGGAGGGGAGCCACUCAACUAUUAGAGCUGUCCUUUGUGAACUCUUUAUUCAUAAUGCGAAGGAAUGUUUCAUCUUCAACCGAAGGUGCAAGUUUAUCGUCCUUGAGUGAGUGACCGAAGAUGUACAGGGUGAUUUGAAAAGUAACUCCCUAUUUUAAAAUACUUAUUUAUUCAUAUGUUGUAAUAUUUUUCAAAUUUUUUUUUGGUGUAUGUUCCUUGUUCCUUUUUUCUGUGGGGUUGGUUAAAGGAGCAAGUCUAUUCUACCAAACCAACGACUUUGUAAGAACUUGUAGGAUGAAUACAAGAAGUUAUGUCUUCCAUCCCACAAGAGUUCCUUGUGAAAUCAGUUAAUGCGGUUCCCCUUGAGAAACUGGUGGCUAAUGCUGGCGCCCAUAUUGAAUUUUAAAUAAAACUCCAUGCAAUACACUUUCUUCUCAUGUUCAUUUCUUGUAAGAAUUAUAGUUCAGAAAUAUACUACAAGUACUUAAAAAUAGGGAGUUACUUUACAAUCACCCGGUAGUAAUUGCCCAGGUUUUCGCGGAGAGCUUUAUGUGGUUCGCCUACAAACUUCUCCUUCACAUGCAUAUUGCUCUCACAUUUUUGGAAAAAUACUAGGUCGUCCAUUUUCCAAGAUGGUUGUCUUGAGGACAUUCAUGUUUGGUUUGUGAGCCCCAUUGAGACAGACGUCGCCUAUGUGUAACACACCCAAAAUGUAGACGUUGGGUAAAUGGAGCAUUAGGUGGUCCGUUAUACUGACUGUGUACCUUUUGGGCACGGAUUAUGUCCCGGCCAAGUAACAGUAAGAUUUCGGCUAGGGAGUCAAGUGGUGGGAUUUUGGUAGCGAUUGCUUUCAAAUGGUCAUGGUAACUGGCAGCUUCUGGGCUAGGGAUUUCGUCCCUGUUGUUGGGAAUUUGAUUACACUCGAUGAAGGUUGGUAUUAAUAAGUGCAAAUUUCCAUCAGUAGACUCUACCAUGAACCCGCUUGCUCUUCUCCCAGUCGCUUCAGUGGUGCCAGAACAUGUCUUGAGGGUGUAAGGGAACGUACUCCCCUGAAUGCCAAAUUUGUUAAAGAAAACUGACCUUGCCAGUGACGAAUUGCUCUGGCUGUCCAACAUCACAUACAUUUUUUUCUUUUUGUGCGGAUGCCUGAGGAUAGAUGUUGACUAGAAUGAUCUUGGAACAGGAUUUACCUUGAAAGUUCUCCCCACAGACCUCUGUGCAACUUGAAGUGGCGACUUCCAAUGCCCGUUCAUCUUCCUCUCUGCCAUGCUCUCUGGUAGGUGAGAUUGACUCUUUUAGCAGAGGGAGGACCAACGUGAAGGGCUGAAACAUGACGAUCGCUAUGACAUUCUGAACAGCGCAGGUCAACUUUACAGUCUGUGGCUUGAUGGGUCAUGGAGGCACAGCAUUUGAAGCAUGUAAAGUCCUCUUUAAGAAACCCUUUACAAAAGCCCUACAUUUAUUUAGGGGGUGUAGCUUUCGAUGAAUGUGGUACUGCUUUUCUUGGUUUCUCAUCAACGUCUGAGGAUAAGUUGCUAACUUGUAUUUUCUUGACAGAAAUAGGGGUCCUAAGUUUCCACGGCUUUACCUGAGUGCACUCAGCUCCUUGAUGAGUCGUUUGAAACUUGGAAUGCAAAGCUGGGUUCUGUUCUCAUUUCAGCUUGAUUCCUCACAAAAUUAGAAAAAAACUGCAAAUGGACAAAGUUGAUGCUGGAUUACCAACUGCCAUAACAGUUGCAGGUGUGAUUGUUGUGGGAACAUCUCAUGGUCUGGCUUUGGUCUUUGAUAACAACCAAGCCUUAAGGCUGUGUCUUGGAACAAAAACAACUGGUGCAGAGUUUGGCGCAGUCUCUGCCCUCAGCAUCAACAAUGACUGCUCAAGACUUCUCUGUGGGUUCGCGAAAGGACAGAUGACCAUGUGGGAUCUUGCCAAUGGGAAACUUCUGAGAACUAUCACUGACGCACAUCCUCCAGGGACAGCAAUUCUGCAUGUAAAGUUCACAGAUGACCCAACACUUGCAGUGUGCAGCGAUAGUGGUGGAUCAGUUUUUGAGCUGGCUUUCAGGAGAGUAAUGGGCUUGCGUUCAUGUGACUCAAGAUGUCUCUUCAGUGGUUCGAAAGGGGAAGUCUGCUGUAUUGAACCGUUGCGUGCAUCUCCAGACUUCACCGACCACCCAAUAACACAUUAUUCUCUGUUGGCUUUGGCUUCCCUCACAAAGAUUUUGGUGAUUGGUCUGAAGCCCUCCCUCAAAGUUUGGAUGACUUUUCCCUACAGCAAGUCUGAUCCAUCCAGUGUGCCACAGCUGGCAUGGCAGUUUGUCUCUGUUCAGUCGGCUGUCAACCCAUUCCUGGCUUUUUGUAAAGGAGAUACAGUUCACUUUCUUAUGAUAAAAAGAGAAGAGAUGGGUGCCAUUCAUGUCAUCAAACAGAGACAUAUUCAUCUCAGCUGUGAUAUUAUCAGCUUGAAUUGGAUUAAUGGUUGUACGCUAGUCCUGGUAGACAGCCAUGAAAAGCUACUGAUUGUAGACCGUCCCAGUCAGGAGGUUUUGGAGAUUAUGGACCUGGAGCAGGUGCAACUGGUCUACAACAGCCGCCAUUUCAAAUCACUGGCCACAGGGGGGAAUGUCUCCCAGGCUUUGGCGUUGGUUGGAGAAAAAGCUUGCUACCAGUCCAUUUCAAGCUAUGCAGGACAUAUCGUCUGUUUGGGGACCAAGUCUGCCCACACAAUGACUCUAAGAACGUGGAGAGAGCGCAUUGACUGUAUGUUGAACCAGGACCAUUUUGUUGAAGCUCUCUCUCUGGCUUGGUCCUUCCAUGAGGGAACAGCUAAGGCUGUGGUUGGCUUGUGUGGUGAUCCGUUGAAAAGAAAGGGAAUUGUUGGUGACAAGAUGCUAGAGAUCCUCUUCCAGUUUGCUGAUCAUGCUAUGAAGAGAUGCCCAGAACAUGGCAGAAUUCAAGUGAUGGAGCAGCAUUUUCACGAUGUGAUUCCUAUCUUGAUAGAUUUCUGCCUGCUGCUACAAAGGCCUGAUCUACUAUUUGACCAGCUUUAUGCUCGGCUCUUGGAGAAUCCGGUUGCUAAAGGUGUUUUCCUGGAAUUACUCGAGUCAUAUAUAGUUACGAACCGUCUUGGUCACCUCCCCACAACCAUCAUGAAGGAUCUCUUGGCUCAUUACAAUAGCAAUGGCUUGAUGGACAACCUGGAGAGAUGUAUUGUCCAUCUGGAUGUCACCAGCCUAGAUAUACAGCAGGUGGUUCAAGUUUGUUGGGAAAACCAACUAUAUGAUGCGAUGAUCUACGUGUUCAACAGUGGAAUGAAUGACUACAUCACGCCAAUGGAGAAACUUUUUGCUGUAAUUGGCCCACCACUUCGAGAGGGAAGGAGCUUAACAGCUGAAGAAGUGGUGAUGGGAAACAAACUUUUAGUGUACAUCAGUUGUUGUCUUGCAGGAAGGGCAUACCCCCUUGGAAACAUCCCUGAGGACCUUGUGGUUCAGAUCAAGAUUCAGGUAUUUGAGUACCUGAUUCUACUCCAUACAGGGGAAUCCUCAUCAGAUGCUUAUCCUCUUAUUCAAACACUCCUUCACUUUGACACCCGAGAAUUCCUAAAUGUCCUUGCCAUGACAUUUGAAGACUUGAAUGACAAACAAGCCAUCGAAUACCAGCAGAGGAUAGUGGACAUUUUACUUCAGGUGAUGGUGGACAACCCAGACUUUACACCAUGCCAGGUUGGCGGGCUUUUCACGUUUUUGGCUCGGCAGCUGUCUAAACCAAACAACACACUUUUUGUAAACAGAAAAUUAUUCGACCAGGUCUUGGAGUUCCUUUGCAGAUCAGGUGAUGCCUCUCGACAUACUGAACGACAGCAGGUUCUGCUGCAGCUGCUCCAGGUUGGAGGUGUGGUCCAGUUUGAUGAAGAAAAGCUGUUGACUUUGUCACAGAGAGCCAACUUCUACCAAAUUUUGGAAUUUCUUUAUGAGAAGAAACAUAUGUAUGACAAGACCAUUGACUGCUACCUAAAAGACCCUCUGAGAAAGGGGGAGAUCUUCAGCUAUAUCCACGAACUGAUGUCGAUGGCAAGCCACAGUUCUGAGGAGAAACAGGCAAUCAAGAACAAAACACUGCAACACAUACAGGAACUGAUCAUCCUUGAUCAAAGCAAGUCUGCUAACCUGGUUGUGUCUCAUCUUGUUGAAGAAGUGGAUCAAAUUAUUUCUAAACUUCCGGAUGGCGAGCUGCUUUUACAAUUUUUGAGCUCAUUCUUGGAGUUACGGGAACGUCAUUAUCCAGGGACGACCCUUCCUAUGGAACAUGAGCUUCACAAGCAUCUGCUGGACUUGUUGUGCCGUUUUGCACCCCAACAGCUCUUGAAUUUCCUCCAAACAUCACAGCAGUAUCGAUUGGAGGAGGCCAUACAAAUCACUGAGAAGUACCAUCACAGUGAAGCUACCGGUUAUCUUCUAGAGAAGAAGGGAGACUUUUAUGGAGCAUUUACAGUUUUGUUGGAGGCAUUAAAAGCCCAGCUUUGUCUACUGACUGCAGACUCCACCAGAGGGCAGAGUGAAGAUGAGAAAGAAAAUGAGUCAGCUAUAUUGAGAAGAAUAGAAAAUUCACUGAACAACCUCGUUGCCUUGGGUCAUCGCAACUCUCAGAAACUGCAACAGCCACAAAUCAAGGAGCUCUGGUUCUCAUUAUUGGAGACAUUGAUGACUCCCCGGAAACAAGGAGCGAUUUCGGCGAAGUUUGUAGUCUUAGAGGACCUGACAAUGAACGUUCUCAACAGUAUGAGCACCUUGGUUUCACUGCCUGCUAUCAUCCAGCAAAUACUGCAGAACCCCAUUUAUGAGAGAGGAAAAUUUGCAGAGAUCCAAGUCCUUAUUCUUGGGAUGCUCGACACUUUCAGCUAUGAACAGACUUUAUUUGAAACAACUACUAGUCUGCUAAAUCAUGACCUCCACUGGUCCCUGUCUCAUCUGCGCACUGCGGUGACAAGGGGACUCCACCCAAGGCAAGACUCCUGCAACAUUUGCCUACAGCAGUACAAGAGGUGGCAGGACUCAGCUGAGCAGAUCCUUCUGUUUAGCUGUGGUCACCUGUACCACGUCCAAUGCCUGCAGCAGACUGUGGACUGUGGGUUGGCAUGUGCUUCAGAGCAGCAAUGGAGUUGCUACAAGUGUUCCACCACUCACAGAGGAAGAGGCAGGCAGUAUACCAUACCAAAGAAAAGUCGCAGCACAUCCCUUGUACAGGUUUUUCAGGAGGUAACACUGGACUUUCAACAAGAACAGUCUUGGGAUCAGCUACGUUGUUUGUACAAAGGACCAUCGAGGUUGUCCAUCCUGGCAGAGCUCUCUCACCGCCACCACAAUGAGAGAACAGGGAUUCUUGUUCAAGUUCCAGCACAAGAGGGUUUCAGUCUUAAACUAUCUCCACCACCUCUGUUGGAAGAAUAGCACUGUGUAGAGUUUUAGCGCUUAACGAGGAGCAUGUCGCAGUUCUUUUUGUCUUGGUCCUAAACGGGAUAAGUUGUACUGAAGAUGGAGAGUGAUUGGAUGAUUGGUUAAUAGUUUAGUAUUGGUUUGUCUUUGUUUUCCUGCACCAUUAUUAUCAGUGUUUCUUGGAUCAGUAUAACUUUGUAACCAAUGAGACUUUUGACCUGUUGGUAAAUGGUACACAGUAAAUCUUAAUAUGUUCAGCUGUGUGAUAUAAAGAAAUACACUGAGUUCCAAAUUAUUUGACAUAUGCUAUUUUUUGUUCAUUUUCCUAAAUAGUUAAUGUCCUUAAUCGUAAACAAUUGAUUGCAGUUUUUCUCAGUCGCUUUGACAAAUUGCUCAGAUCAGAAUUAAAAUUCUCAAAACUA